UUGGUUUUUCCAGUUUGACACCGGUAUGUAAACAAACAAAUCACAAUGUGACCUGAUAUUUGGAAAGGCCAGAUUUCUAGAAAUUAGAAUGAGUAAAUUAGUUUUAAAACGUUUUCAUCUAAAAUUUGUAGGCACUACAUCCAGAAAAUUUUCAUCCUGUGCUGCGCUGGCUGCUGUUAGCAAAGAUGUUAUUGAAAGUUUGGAAAGACUUGCCUUAGUAGAUUUUAGCACAGAAGCUAGUAUUGAAAGGCUUGAAAAGGCUAUUAAGUUUGCGGAUCAGUUGAUGGAAGUAGAUGUUUCAGGUGUUGAGCCAAUUAUUAGUACUGUUUAUGAAAGGAACAAAAAUUUGCGUGAUGAUGUUGUUUUAGAAGCUUCAAAUAGAGAAAAAUUGAUGAAAAUAGCUCCAGUUAAAGAAGAAUUUUAUUAUGUUGCACCACCAGGUGCAUUUUCAAGGAAUCAAGAUGAAAAGUAGAAACCUAUGUUCUGUUCGUGUUUUUUUUUACCAGAUAGUUAUUUAUAGUGUAUCUUCCUUUUUAAAUAAAUAUUUAUAACUUUACAAUUGUUACAAAACUUAC